AUGGGUACAGACUUCCUCUUCGCUCCCACGCCAGGCUAUCCAGGCUCUCCUGUUACCCCUGGUCGCAUCGGUCCGCCUAGCACACAAAAGCACGGCGUCACUUCUAUCAACAAGCGGAAGAACUAUGCGCUCAAGGAGAUGAUGCCAUCUGCGCAGACCCUGGUCCCCAAGGCUCCUCUCACAGAUACUGAGGUUAUCGUUUACUUUUUCCAGUCCAUCGCACGCCCACCAGUCGCGCUCCGCCUCUACCCCCGCCACUGGGUUACAAGGGAAGCAUCGGCCUUGGAUUGGAAGAAAGGCAUGUCUCACCAUUCUCAUAUCUCUUCAGCCAAUGGUCCUCCAUCAAGCCCCUUCGGCGGCACCAAGGUCGGCGUCAACCCAGCAGGCAUGUCGCAGAUCCCACCACCUUCUGUUAUGGGACCUGGAGCGAUCACCAAGUCCAAACAACACCCAUGCUCCCCCUUCUACUCUGCACAUGCCAAGAUCCUUCCUCGACAUCUCAGCAGGAACCCUGGGCAUGUGCAGCACAUGGAGGCACAGAGCUUCAAGAAAUAUGUCAAGGACCAUGAAGAGAUCGAGUUCUUCAGCAACGACUUCCAGGAGCACAGGUAUAGCUGGCCAUCUUCUCAGCAGCGAACAUCCUCAGCCCACCUGGCUAUCGCCCUAUCGAUCGACAACCAGGGUGGACCUUUCUUCCCUAUUCAGCCAGUACGCUCAGAGCGAACAUCGUUCCAGCCACCACCCACAGGUUUCGGCGAUCACCACAAGCUCACAUACUUCUACUACGCCGACUCCAAGCUCUAG